GGCACCUGCAGCGCGGACCUGUUCGACACGACCCGCACCGAGCGAUGCGGCGCCUGGGUCUACGAGCCGGGCCAGCGCAGCACCAUCCUGGACGAGUGGGACCUGACCUGCGACGACAACAAGUGGAAGCUCACCCUGGUCGGCACAAUCGGCUACAUCGGCGCGUUCCUCGGCAUGCCCCUGGCGGGCUUCGUAUCGGACAGGUUCGGCCGGAAGACGCUGCUGGUCUGGUCGUGGGCCCUGGCGUCCCUGUCCGGACUCGUCCAGUCCUUCUCGGGCAACUUCGUCAUGUUCCUGUGCUUCGAGUUCCUCGACUCGUUCUGCGAGGCCGGCGUCUACGGCGCGGGCUUCCUCCUAGCCCUGGAGUUCGUCGGGCCGCGUCAGCGGGUGCUCACCACCACCGUGCUCAGCCUGUUCUACUCCAGCGGCAACGCCAUCCUGGGCGCGCUGGCCUGGGCCGUGUGGGACUGGCGCUGGCUGCUCCGGGCCGUGUACGGCGGGGGCCUCCUCUUCGCCUUCCCGCUCUGGUGAGUGUCCCCCUCCUCCUCCUCGGGAGCCCCCUUCCCGGCACCGCCUGGUGGUCUGCCGCGAGGCCGUACUGAACUAAAGCGACUCCCUU